GUGGCGACGGCCAUCUUGAAUUUCCACACGCCACAAAUCUUCCAACUUUCUUUCACCCUAUCUCUGGCGUUGGAGUACUCCACAGGCUUUUGCAAAGUCUGAAAGGACCAGUAUUCCCUCCGUAGACCACUAGAGUCCUCUUGUGGUAUUUUAACGCAAAAUGCUCACAAAAUUUGAGACGAAGUCUGCCCGAGUGAAAGGCAUUUCAUUCCACCCCAAGCGGCCAUGGGUGCUUGCCAGUCUUCAUAAUGGUGUCAUCCAACUCUGGGACUACCGCAUGUGUACUUUAUUGGAACGCUUUGAUGAGCAUGAUGGUCCCGUCCGUGGGAUAAAUUUUCACACUGUACAGCCGUUAUUUGUGUCUGGUGGUGAUGAUUACAAAAUCAAGGUGUGGAAUUACAAGCAAAAACGUUGCUUGUUUACCUUGCUUGGCCAUCUUGACUACAUCAGGACAACGUUCUUUCACCAUGAAUACCCAUGGAUUCUCAGUAGCUCUGACGAUCAGACGAUCCGGAUCUGGAAUUGGCAAUCUAGGACGUGCAUAUGUGUUCUAACUGGACAUAACCACUAUGUGAUGUGCGCCCAGUUUCACCCAAGUGAAGACAUGGUGGUGUCUGCCUCUCUCGACCAGACUGUCCGAGUUUGGGACAUCUCAGGCUUGCGCAAGAAGACAGUUGCUCCAGGUGCGACUGGACUUGAUGACCACCUCAAGUCCCCUGGCCACACUGAUUUGUUUGGGCAGUCAGAUGCCAUUGUCAAGCAUGUUCUAGAGGGCCAUGACCGUGGGGUGAACUGGGUUGCCUUCCAUCCCACAAUGCCACUGAUAGUGUCUGGUGCUGACGACAGACAGGUCAAACUUUGGCGAAUGAAUGAUUCCAAGGCAUGGGAAGUAGACACCUGUCGAGGCCACUACAACAAUGUGUCAUGCGCAUUGUUCCACCCUCGCCAAGAGCUGAUGCUGAGCAACUCUGAGGACAAAAGCAUCCGAGUAUGGGACAUGUCCAAGAGGACAGGCGUUCAGACAUUCCGCAGAGAGCAUGACCGAUUUUGGACAAUUGCUGCACACCCCACCCUUAACCUUUUUGCAGCAGGUCAUGAUAGUGGAAUGAUUGUAUUCAAGCUUGAGAGGGAGAGGCCAGCCUAUGCUGUACAUGGCAACACCCUUUAUUACGUCAAGGACCGUUAUCUGCGAAUGUAUGAGUUUGGGACAUCAAAAGAUGUUCCUGUUAUGCAGUUUAGAAGGAAUUCAACUCGCACACCUGUCCAUUCACUGUCAUUCAACCCUGCUGAGAACUGCAUUCUACUAAACACGAGUGCAAGUAACCCUGAAAACAGUGUGUACGAGCUCCAUGCCAUCCCAAAACAGAUUGACAGCAGCAACCCAGAAGUGUCUGAAGGCAAGAGGGCCUCUGGAUUAACCUCUGUGUGGGUCGCUCGCAAUAGGUUUGCCGUUCUGGACCGCACACACACUCUUCUUAUCAAGAACCUCAAGAACGAGGUGACCAAGAAGGUGACAGCGCCUGCUUGCGACAUGAUCUUCUAUGCAGGGACGGGCAGCCUCCUGUUAAGAGAUGCUGAGUCAGUCACACUUUUUGAUGUCCAGCAAAAGCGGGCUCUGGCUUCUGUAAAGGUCAGCAAAGUACGGUACACUGUGUGGUCACCUGACAUGUCUUAUGUGGCCCUUCUCAGCAAGCACGUUGUUGCUAUCUGCAACAGGAAGCUUGAGAGUCUUUGCACCAUUCAUGAGAACAUCCGUGUGAAGAGCGGGGCAUGGGAAGAGAGUGGUGUCUUCGUCUACACCACGAGUAACCACAUCAAGUAUGCCCUGACCAACGGCGACCAUGGCAUCAUCAGAACCCUUGAUUUGCCAAUAUACAUCACUAGAGUUAAGGGCAGCAGUGUAUACUGUCUGGACAGAGAAUGCAAGACAAGAGUUCUAGGGAUUGACCCCACUGAGUUCAAAUUCAAGCUGGCGCUUAUCAACCGCAAAUAUGAUGAGGUCUUACACAUGGUGCGUAAUGCAAAACUUGUGGGUCAGUCCAUCAUAUCGUACCUACAGAAGAAGGGAUACCCUGAGGUUGCUUUACACUUCGUCAAAGAUGAGAAAACUAGAUUUGGACUUGCCCUGGAGUGUGGUAACAUUGAGGUUGCCCUGGAGGCAGCAAGAGCCCUAGAUGACAAGGCAUGCUGGGAGAGUCUUGGUGCUGCCGCCCUGCGCCAGGGUAACCACCAGGUCGUGGAGAUGGCCUACCAGCGCACCAAGAACUUUGACAAACUAUCAUUCCUCUACCUCAUCACUGGCAACAUGGAGAAACUCAAGAAGAUGCAAAAAAUUGCUGAGAUACGCAAAGACAUGAGUGGCCAGUACCAUAAUGCACUCUACACUGGUGACGUGGAAGAGAGAGUUAAGAUCCUGAAGGCGCUUGGCCAAGGACCCCUAGCUUACCUUACUGCAGCAUCUCACGGCUUGACAGAGGAAGCGGAAGACAUCAAGAGCACCUUUGAACUUGAUGACGCCACUCUUCCCAGGGUAAACCCAAAUGCUAGGCUUCUACAGCCACUGGUCCCUAUCCUGCAAAAUGAGGGUAACUGGCCUCUGCUCACAGUCAGCAAGACAUUCUUUGAGGGAGCCAUUGCUGCAAAGUCGGGUGGAGCUGCCGCCAUGGUGCCUGAAGAUGUGGGAGAUGCAGGGGGAGAGGGUUGGGGCGAAGAUGCGGAACUCAUCCUUGAUGAGGAUGCUGGAUUUGAUGCUGAUGAAGAUGUGCUUGCUGUUGGUGAUGAGGAGGGUGGUGGAUGGGACGUAGGAGAUGACGAUCUGGAACUCCCCCCGGACCUGGAUGUUGGUGGCCCUGCCGCGCCCACUGGCGAAGAAGGCUACUUCGUCCCUCCUAACAAGGGCAUCAGCCAGGCCCAAGUCUGGUGUAAUAACUCACAGCUACCUGUGGACCAUGUGCUGGGCGGAUCCUUUGAGAGUGCUAUGAGGCUUCUUCAUGAUCAGAUCGGCGUGGUGAACUUUGAGCCCCUCAAGCCGCUGUUCAUGCUUGCCUACUCUCGCUCUAGGACCGCUAUCCCAGCAGGCCCUGCCCUUCCCAACAUCUUCGGCUACCCUCACAGGAACUGGAAAGAGGCUGGCGCUCGCAAUGGGCUGCCCGCAGUUGGCCUCAAGCUUGCUACACUUGUACAAAGACUCCAGACUGCAUACCAGCUGACAACAGGGGGCAAGUUCCAAGAAGCGAUUGUGCGCCUGCAGCAGAUCCUGUUGAGUGUACCACUAAUCGUAGUUGACACCAAGCAGGAGGUCAGCGAGGCGCAGCAGCUCAUUGGCAUCUGUCGAGAGUACAUCGUCGGUCUGCAAAUGGAGAUUAAGAGAAAGGAGAUGCCAAAGGGCACGUUAGAAGAACAAAAACGGCUGUGUGAGAUGGCAGCAUACUUCACGCACUGCAACCUGCAGCCCAUACAUCAGAUCCUCACGCUACGAACCGCCGUCAAUCUCUUCUUCAAGCUGAAAAACUACAAGACAGCUGGUUCGUUUGCAAGACGGCUCUUAGAGCUCGGACCUCGACCCGAUGUCGCAACACAGACUCGCAAGAUCCUGCAGGCAUGCGACAAGAACCCAACCGACUCCCAUCAGCUCAAGUAUGACGAGCACAACCCCUUCAGCAUCUGCGGCGCAUCCUAUCAGCUCUUGUACAGGGGUAAGCCGCAGGAGAAGUGCGCAUUCUGCCAGACCUCAUACUGCCCUGACUUCAAGGGAACACUAUGCCAAGUGUGCGAGAUUUCCGAAGUUGGAAAAGACUCGAUCGGUCUACGAAUCAGCCCCAUACAGUUCCGCUGAUGUAGCCAGAACAUUAGAUCUAUCAUUAUAAUAAAACGGGCGUCUAUAGGAAUGGUCUGUACAAAGAAGUGCACUUUUUAAAUAGACCUUGCUAUUAGACCUUUGCUACAGGAAAAAAAAAAAACAUUUUAUCAUCUUCACAUCUUGGCUCAGCCCUGAUGGGAGAAUGUGAGAGCGUACCUUGUUAGUAGAAACCGAGGACUGUGAAUUAGGAUUAUAACGACAGGCCAACGUUGCAGAGCAAGAUAUCAACAGGUUUGGAUGAAGGUGUCCCGGGGAGCCGGACACUUCUGGCCAAAUGCCAAAAAUGCGAUUACUGUCCAAAACUGCUUGUAUGAAAAGGGACCAGGUAGAUGAGUGAGCAUUAGGAACUAUUAGUGAUUAUAAGUACAUUAAGUAAAAUAAACAAGAAACAUUGAUGAAA